AUGGAACUCCCGACCCAACAUCAGCAUAUUGUUCUCUUUGGAGACCAAACUGAGAGCGUUCUCCCCGCCAUACAAACGCUUUACAAGCGGGCUCCAUCAUCCAUAUACAUUCAACAUUUUCUCAGAGUCUCUGCCGAUGCUGCGCGUCGGAGUCUUGAGCAACUCUGUGGCGACUCAGAGAAGACCAAAUUUCAUUUCGACUCAUUUUUGACAUUGGCCGAGUCUUCUUCCCAAAAACAAUGUCCAGAUGUUGUUGUGCAAACACUUCUACUGUGCGUUGCACAGCUCGGGCAUCUUGUGUUAAAACUCGAGGAUGAGCCAGAAUGUCUCCAAAACUCCAUUGCCGUGGGAUGGUGCACCGGUCUUCUCGCUGCCGCCGUAGCGGCUUGCUCACAAUCCCUGGUCCAAGUUCUUCAGCUCUCCCCUGGAACGAUCGACUUCGCAAUAAGACUGGGCGUUGAGGCGUAUAAGCGGGCAGAAAUGAUCGAGACAAGUGAAGCCAGUUGGGCAAGAGUGGUCAGUGGUCUGACAGAAAAUGAAGUCAGCGAUAUUUUGAGGCAGUUCAACUGCAGCAAUAACAUUUCUUCGUUAAAAGCUGCAUACAUCAGCGCCGUGACUUCGACAUCCUGCACAGUCAGCGGUCCACCAUCAACUUUAAACAUUCUUUUCUCUUCGUCAGCAUUUUCGAAUCGAGGCCGUCAGCAUCCCGUCAUCCCUCUUCAGAUUGCAGCUCCUUUCCACGGAGAUCAUCUGCCCAAUAUCAUGACACAAAACGAUCCGUGUAAAAAUACAAAGAGCAUGGGCGUGAACCUCAGAAUAAGGUCUCCUUUACUCUCUUCAAGUUCUGGAAACCCAAUGCAGGGAGAAAGAUUUCAAGACCUCCUCCCACAAAUAAUUGACGAUGUUUUCAUGAACAAGAUUCAGGAAGGCCAGCUACUUCAAGCAUGCGGGAAAUCGCUCGAUGGCGAGAAUUCUAUUCAUCUGAUACCAAUAAUAGCAGCUGGCCUGCACCGGCGCCUCGAGUCCCAUCUUGGAGCAGCUCGCAGCAGAUUGCACCUGAAUCCUUCUCCUUCCCAGCCCCCAGCGACAUAUACCAAAGACGCGCAGUCAUCAUCUGAAGGAGUUGCAAUUAUCGGGAUGUCCGGAAGGUUUCCGGGUGCCGAAUCUCUGGACGAGUUCUGGACAGUUCUUGAACAAGGCGUUGACCUCUGUCACCAAAUACCUAGCAACCGGUUCGACAUCAAAGCAUACAACGAGGAUAGUUCCGAAAUGUCAUCGAUAUCCCCCUAUGGAUGUUUUAUCGACCGGCCAGGCAUGUUUGACGCUCGUCUGUUCAACAUGUCACCUCGCGAGGCAGCUUCGACAGACCCUGGUCAAAGACUGUUGCUCAUGUCAACAUACGAAGCUCUCGAGAUGGCCGGUUAUACGCAGAGUGCAAAUGAAAAAGAAAGAGACACGAGAGUUGGCACUUUCUUCGGGCAGACCGUUGAUGACUGGAGGGAGUAUAAUGCCGCCGAAAAUGUCGACAUGUACUAUGUCACGGGAGGCAUCCGGGCGUUUAGCGCCGGUCGCGUCAACUACCACUUCAAGUGGGAUGGCCCAUCCUACAGCGUAGACAGCGCCUGCUCCUCAAGCCUGCUCGCCAUCCAGCUUGCAUGCAACUCAUUGCGUUCUGGCGAGUCCAACAUGGCUGUUGCAGGCGGAUCCAACAUCCUCACAGGCUGCAACAUGUACGCCGGCCUGAGCAGAGGCAGCUUUCUCUCUAAGACAGGGCCAUGCAAGACCUUCGACAGUAGUGCCGAUGGGUACUGCAGAGGAGAGGGUGUCGGCGUCAUUGUGCUUAAGCGACUUUCAGAUGCUGUGGCCAACCGCGAUCCCAUCCUUGCUGUGAUUAGGUCCUCAGCAACUAACCACUCAGCCAAGGCAGUGUCUAUCACGCAUCCGCAUAUUGAGACUCAGCAACGCUUAUUCCGGGAUGUGCUGUCUCAAGGGGGCCUCGAGCCUGCCGAGGUCGAUUACGUGGAAUGCCACGGCACAGGCACUCAGGCUGGGGACGGCGCUGAGUCCACUUCUGUCUACAAUGCUAUGUGCCAGACACCACGAGCUCGUCCCCUGGUGAUCGGAUCCAUCAAGCCUAACAUCGGCCAUGGAGAGGCUGCAGCCGGCGUUUCAUCUCUGAUCAAAACCAUCAUGAUGCUUCAACGAAAUACAUUCUUGCCACACAUCGGCAUCAAGAGUGAAGUGAACCCAAACCUACCUCAAUUUUCGGACAAGUACAAAAUCGCGACAAAUUCUCCAUUCCAGCGGCAAUCUGGAAAGACCAGAAAAGUUAUGAUCAACAAUUUCAGCGCCGCUGGUGGGAACACCAGCAUCCUUCUGGAAGACAGGGCUCUAGUUGCCGGUGACAACGUGCUAGAGAAUGUUAUAGAUCCGCGUACCUCACAAGUGGUCACAAUAUCUGCAAAAACACCGAGUUCGCUCCGAGGCAAUGUGGAACGUCUCCGGGACUUUAUGGUGGCAUCUACGUCCCCAAUCUCUUUAGCAGAUGUUGCAUACACGACCACUGCAAGGAGGCUCCAUCAUCCCCUGAGGAAAGCAUAUACCGUCAAAUCCAUAGAAGAGCUUGCAACAAAGCUCGAGGGAGACUGCACAGAAUGGAGUGAGGCAAGACCAACCACUACUUCCACUCAAAAGCCACCAGCCAUCGUGUUCGCCUUCCCAGGCCAGGGAAGCAGCAUUGUUGGCGUCGCCGAGGUCCUCUACCACAGCUCCCCUGCAUUCAGGCGCAUUCUCGCCGAACUGGAUUCGUUGUGUAUGGCCCAAAGUCUCCCAUCGAUUCUUUCAACGCUCUUGGGAGAGACGUCUGCGUCGAGCCCCUCACCACUAGAGAGCCAGCUUUGUCUGGCCCUGCUCGAGGCCGGCAUGGCACGACUUUGGAGGUCGUGGGGAGUUGAGCCAGGCCUCGUCAUCGGCCACAGUCUGGGUGAGUAUGCAGCUCUAUACGCGGCGGGAGUCAUCUCUGCAGCUGACCUGGCUUUCCUUGUCGGCAAGAGGGCAUCUCUCAUGCAGGAGAUGUGCUCGCGUGGAACACACAAGAUGCUAUCACUACGAAUGUCGGCAGAAGACGUUAAGAAGGCAUUGGAGACGACCGGAUUGCAGUCGCUCGAAAUCACCUGCGUCAAUGGACCGACCGCCACUGUCGUCGCUGGUUUGGAAGAAGAGCUGCAGCUGUUUAUGAAACAGCAACAGGCGGCUGGUGUAACGGCGGUCUUUUUGGAUGUCCCCUUCGCCUUCCACUCGGCACAGUUGGAUCCUAUCCUGGACGUAUUUGAGAGGAGCACUGCCAGUGUCAAUUUUGGGACGCCAAAAGUACCCGUUGCAUCGAGCCGUCUGGGGUCCGUUGUGGAAGAAGACGGAAUUUUCAACUCUUCCUAUCUUUCACGACAAGCUAGAGAGCCAGUUCUAUUCUCUCAGGCAGUCAAUGCUUGCCAAACAGCACAGAAGGCGGAUGAAAAUACGCUGUGGCUUGAAAUGGGCCCAGGGUCUACAUCUCUGUCUCUCGUGAGGCAGUCUCUUGGUACAGUCGCAUCCAAUACACUCGCGACGCUGGAUGGCAAGAAGGGUAUUUGGAAGAGCAUUUCAUCUACACUAGCUACGCUUUACUCUAGAGGCGUUGACAUCAACUGGACCAACUUCCAUCGAGACUAUAAGCACAACUUGUCUGUUGUCAAGCUUCCGAAUUAUGCUUUCGACUUGAAAAACUACUGGCUCGACUACACCAGCCGCAAAGAACGUGCAGCUGCUCCAGCGGAGACAGUUGCUUCCAAAUUGGUACCACAGUUCUCAUCGCCAUGCUGGCAGGAAAUCGAGGAAGAGAACUUCGACGUGACGGAAGCAUCGGUGAAAUUCAUCAGCGACUUGAACCGUCCUGAACUUGCUGACAUGGUCCACGGUCACGUCGUCGGUGGCAUCAGCCUCUGCCCGAGUUCGGUGUACGCCUCUAUGGCCUUUUCAUGUGCGCUAUACAUCUUUCAAAGGAGAGAUUCCGCUAUCGGAGCAAAUGAAGUGCCUCCCAUGGAUCUCUCAGAUAUGGAGAUCUUCAGCCCAUGCGUCGUCUCGACCGAUGCCGACCAGAGACAAGUCUUGCUAGUCACAGCAACGCAGCGUUCUCUCUCCAGUCCCGUGGAACUCAUCUUCAGCACUUCUUAUGACGAAGAGGAGACCUACCGUCAAAAUGCGCGGUGUACCGUUCGUCUCACCUCACAGGCUGCCACCUUCUCUGAUGCCAACAAAAAUCUGUAUCUAAUCCAAGACCGUGCUGAGAUGCUCCGUCGCAAGGAGCCUGAGGGUGAUGUGCACAAGCUGAAGAAGAAAAUGGUUUAUAAACUCUUCAAGACAGUUGUCGACUAUUCGCCUCGUUAUUUUGGGAUGGAAGACCUCUUGUUGAGCUCCGAUCGCCCGGAGUCGAGCGCCCGGCUCUGCUUCGAUACACCUGCGGAACCGGAAAACUUUGUUCACAACCCAUUUUGGAUCGACACAUUGGCACAGCUUGGUGGCUUCUCCUUGAAUGUCAACCCGCCCUCUGGACAAGAUGAUGUAUACAUCUCCCAUGGCUGGCAGAGCAUGAGAAUACUCCGUCGCCUGUCCGACCAAGAGAGCUACGCUUGCUACGUCUGUAUGCAGCCUUCAGAGGCACAACCCGGCGUGUGGUCCGGUGAUGUGUACGUCUACAGUGGCAACACGGUGGUUGCUUUGUGUAUGGGGCUCAAGUUCAAGCAAAUGAGACGACCACUGCUCUACAACCUGCUUGGCCAUGCCUUACCUAGCAAGCUGUCUCCCUCGGCGCCACCAACUCCGCCAACUUUGUCCAGGUCACCGUCAGCGGCCCCACUGAGCCGCGUCAAUACUUCUCGGUCUCUAGGCACCACACCAUUCCCGACUCUUGACACACAAAAGUCGCAUGUCGGGUUCGUGGAUGUUCUUGGAGUCAUUACGGAGGCUGCAGGGCUGGAUUCCAAAGAUGUUACUGAUGCUGCGACAGAGUGGUCAAAUCUCGGGAUCGACUCGCUGCUCACUAUCACAAUCCUCGAGCAACUGAGGAAGCUCACCGGCAUAGACUUGGCAAGCUCAUUGUUCACUCAAUUCCCAACAGUCGGAGAUCUGAAAGUGUAUUUCCAAAGCCAAAUUGAGGCCAAGAGCCCGGUCGAGCCUGAACCUCGACCAUGGCGUCCCCGGGAUACUUCGUGCUCAAGCAGGGCACGGUCCAGAUCGUUUCUUCCUGCGGCUGUGAGUAGGCUUAGGACCUCAACUUCUGUGUCCUCGAGCUCCAGGCUGUCAGAAGCUGACAGCGCAAUUGACGUGGGUAGCAGGAGCAGCGGGUCCUCAGACUCCGCUGAACUUCUCAUGUCGAUCAUCGCCAGAGAAGUCGGUGUCGGUCGGGCUGAGAUCUCGCCGUGGACAAAGUUCUCCGAACUUGGUCUGGAUUCGUUGCUUACCAUCACGGUCUUAACAAUGUUCCGGCAAGAAGGGGGCAUCAACCUCCCAUCAUCGUUCUUCAACGAGCAUCAAACGCCAAAUGAUGUGGAUGCUACCUUAAACUUUGUUAAACAAUCUCCUCUGAUGUCGAAUUCGUCACAAGAUUUCGAAUGUCGCACGGAAAUUGAAAAGGAGCCAGUGACAGGGGGAACACGGUAUGAAUGCAAGCCAAUCCUGAUACAAGGCACACCAAGUCCUGACGGUCAAGCUCUGUUCCUUCUGCCAGACGGCUCAGGUUCCGCCCUGUCCUACAUUAACCUGCCUCCGGUGACGACCGCAUCAUCUCUGCCCGUAUACGCUCUCAGCUCGCCGUUUGUCUCGGAUCCCGACGCCUACGACCUGGGCCUGCAAGAAGUCGCAACGAUCAUGCUCCGUACCGUUCGCAACCUACAGCCCUCGGGGCCCUACAUGAUAGCAGGAUGGUCUAUGGGUGGGAUUCUGGCCUAUGAGGCGGUACGGCAGCUUUUGGCCGCGGGAGAGACCGUGGAAAUGCUCGGGCUGAUCGACAGUCCUUGCCCACGGACCCUCCCGCCACUGCCUGCACCGACGCUCGACGUCCUGGACAAAGCGGGUCUUUUCUCUGGCAUCGAUGGAAAGAGCAACGUCUCGGCGUUGACCAGAAGGCACUUCCUGGCCAGCGUUCGCGCGCUGGAGCACUACACCCCACAGGAGAUACCAGCGUCUGCGGCAUUGGGCAAAGUGGUCACCGUCUGGGCCAAAGACAGCGUGCUCGAGGGUGUUGUUGACCAGGCCAAGCGGGACGCAGUAAUGAGCGGCGAUGAGAUUGCUGGGGAGGCCAAGGAUUGGCUCCUGGGGAAGAGGAAGGACUUUGGUGCGGCGGGGUGGGACAAGCUUACACAUCGGGCCGUGGUGGCCAAGUGCAUCCCCGGGAAUCACUUCUCAAUCAUGUCACCUCCACUGGUGAAUGAUGUCCAGUCUGCUUUAACUGAUAUGCUGUUGCAACUUGGCCACGAUUGA